AUGGUGAACACCCACAUCGCCAUAGUCGGGGCUGGACCGCGCGGAACAAGUUGCUUGGAACGUCUUUGCGCCUCUGCAGGGGCUAUCCUCAAGGACAAGGGAACGCUCACGAUCCACGUUAUCGACCCAUACCCUCUCGGCCCGGGCAAGGUGUGGCGAACAGAUCAACCACCACGGCUCCUGAUGAACACGGUCGCGUCCCAGAUCACCCUGUUCACGGAUGAAAGUGUGAACUGCGUGGGGCCCAUCCAUCCUGGUCCAAGCCUGCACGCUUGGGCAGCGGGGGAAAGCUGGCUCCAGUUGGGUCCGAAUGACUACCCUACCCGCUUCGCGCAUGGCUGUUACCUGGAAUGGGUAUAUGGCGAGGUCUGCAAGAGGGCUAGGGAGGAGACCGCGAUUGUGAAGAUCUCGGAGCACCGCGCUAGUGCCAUUCAACUCGAAACCACCAGCAUCAACAGUGGCAAACAGAGACUCACCUUGUCUACCAAUGAAACCUUGCCUAAUCUUUCUGCCGUUAUCCUGGCCCAAGGCCAUGUUCCCCGGCUUCUUAGCAACACCGCAAAACUCUUCGCCGACGAUGUCGCCGCCAAUCCCGGUCUACGGUACUUCCCACCCGGCAACCCAGCCGACACUGACCUCGGCGCCAUUGCCCCCGGUGAUGCCGUGCUCCUGCGCGGUCUCGGACUUGUCUUCUUCGACUACAUGGUUUUGCUCACCUCUCGACGAGGCGGGCGGUUCGAACCCUCGGAUAGCGGUCUCACUUACCAUCCAUCGGGUAAAGAGCCCAAGAUAUACGCCAGCUCCACCCGCGGUAUCCCCCACCACGCCCGCGGCGAUAACGAGAAGGGCGCGUUCGGCCGUCACAAGUCACUCUUUCUGACCGAGGAGGUCAUUGCAUCAUUCAACCAACGGGCUGGGGGUGAAAAUGCUCCGAAGUUCAAGGAGGAAAUCUGGCCGCUCGUUGCCAAGGAGGUCAAGUCCGUCUAUUACAAGGCUUUAUUCGAGAAGAAAAAGGCGGACGAUCACAAAAACUUCUGGAGAGGCUCUGGGAACUUCAUGGAAGACGGCCAGAGAUUCCAGAGAGACCGCCAAAGUUUCAAGGACGACUCGGAAAGGUUCAUCAGAGAACUUGGUGAGAACGACCCGAACGAAGCUGCCAACUUGCAACGUCUCGGAGUUCCCGAGCCUGCGUGGUCUUGGGAGCGCCUUCGAAAGCCCCAAGGCGACAGCAUCUUCACCACGACCGAGGAGUGGAACGAAUGGCUGCUUGACUACCUGAAGCGAGAUGUCAAGGACGCAAAGGAAGGGAACGUCAGAGGACCCCUGAAGGCGGCUCUUGAUGUUCUACGUGAUAUCCGCAACGAAGUGCGCCUUAUCGUGGAUCACCACGGCGUGAACGGUGUGUCGUACAGGGACGACAUAGUCCAGGAUUUCACGCCGCUCAGCUCAUUCCUGUCCAUCGGACCCCCUCGUCGGCGUAUCGAGGAGAUGGCCGCUCUGAUGGAAGCCGGAAUCCUGCAGGUCCUUGGCCCAGAACCGGCCCUGAGUCUCGGGGAAGGUGCCUGGCCUGCCAGAUCAGCCAAGAUUCCCGGACACACCGUCAGCAUCCGGACUAUCAUCGAUGCCUGGGUCCCGCCGCCAAACCUCACUCAUACCGACGAUCCUCUGCUCAGGUAUAUGCUUGAGCACGGGGAAUGCAGGCCUCACGAGAUUGAUGGCUACAAAACCGGUGCCGUCGACAUCACCCGCAGCCCAUAUCGGAUCAUCGACAAACAGGGUGAUGCCCAUACGAGACGCUUCGCGGUUGGCGUCCCUACGGAGGGUGUUCACUGGGUUACCACCGCCGGGGCUCGCCCUUGCGUCAGUUCUGUCAAUCUUAUGGAUAACGAUGCUGUAGCUCGGGCUGCUCUGCAACAGGCUGCUGCGGAUCUGGAUGCUCUGAGGCAGGGGUUGUUGCGAGGUGCCCGGGAGUGA